AUGUCUUAUCAAUUGACGAAACGUGGUUUUCAUCGUGAUGUCAAUCAAAACCCAAAAUAUACACAUUUUGAUUGGACAACUAAUAAUCAAUUAAAAUCUCGAAUUUCAUGUGAUCAACAAAAAUUUGCAGAUCGUGUGAUAUGUGAAGCUGAACGUGUCAUUGAUGAGACAAAGGAAACAACAAAUAAGUUCAAGAAGGAAACUGAUUAUCGGUUAGAAGAAAGAGUCUCUCAUAUUGCAUUUACUGUCGAUGAGUUGAGAGAACAGAAAAAGUUGGGCGAACGUGAACAGGAAAUAUUGAAGGAUACAAAAAAUCGAAUCGAAUGUGCAAUCGAAUCCAUCAAGACUGAUCCAUUAGUCAUAUGUGAAAAAUGCAUCAUAUUGCGUGAAAAUCGUACUGGAAUAGAUAACGUUGAUGAUGAUGUAGAGAAGAAUCUGCGUAAAGAACGUGAAAUUAUUUUAGGUUCAUUAGCUAUAUUGGAAAAGUUGCAUGCCGAAACGGUUGAACAAAUUCGAAAACUACGCGCUACCAUAUAUUUAUUAGUUCGAGACCUUGAGAAUAAAGAAACUUCAUUACAGAUAGACCAACAAAAUUUAGUCUUGCGUGAAAAUCAAAUUGAUAUGAAAAUAUAUGAAGGAAGCAUGAACCUUGAUCCAUAUAACUCGACCAUGCAGGAAUGGACACGCGAAACAACAAAAAAUAUUGAAUUGUGCAAACAAGAAAUCAAAUGUGGAAUGUCUUUACGAUCAUAUGUGGAAAUCCUAUUCAAGCAAGUUGUUGAAGAUAUUUCCAACCAAUUUAAUCGAACUAAUGAGUCAUUUCGGACAAGAAUGGAGGAAAUACGAUAUAUGAAAAUGAAAUUGGAAGGGUUGCAUUGUGGUACAGCAAAUCAGGUUAACGAUUUAACUAGAAAUAUAACAAAACUUGAGAAGGAAUUAGCCGAGAAGGAGCGAUAUGUUGCUUUAUCUCAAAUGAGAUUGGGGAAUCGUGCACAGAGAGUUGGUAUAGAGUUGUGCAAGGAUAAAGCACAGGACACAUUGAUGAGGGAAUUGAUGGCACUUAAGGACACUUACACAAAACUUUCUCAUAUGAUCGAUCAGUCAAAGACAACCCUCCGCUACUUAUUGAAUACUCAGAUGCUGCAAGAGGAAGAAAUAAAUUUAAAGAUAAAUUCAUUAAAAAUUGACAUGGACUGCAUGACUGUUCGUGAAAGUUUGAAAUUCAAAGAAUUCUAAAUGUAGUGAAUGAAAAGCUGAAGCAACUCAAAAGCACUGCCAUAGCACGGAUAUGCUAGCAUAGAACACAAAAUUUGAAUGAAAAGAAAACAUAAAUUUUUAAGUCAUCGCAUAAAACAAUAAUUUGUCUGAUAUCGCUUUCGUGUGAAUUUUUGUAGCUACCAAAUCAUGACAUAAAAAUAAACAGUUUCUCGCUUCUCAUGUUGUAU